AUGGCCAGUGUGUGGGACAUGACUGCAUUAGAAGACCUUCUGGGUCUGGAUGAUUUUGAGCCCCUGCAUGGGUUCGCCUGGAUCUUUUGGUUGAUCUGGAAGUGGAACUUGCUCAGCUCUCUUUUCCUGUUUGUGUUCGCUGCACUUAUAGCUACAUGCACUCUCAGAAGACACAGAUAUGCAAGAUAUUAUAUCCUCUUGAUUGUGCUGAUGGGUUUUGUGGGUCCGUGUUCGUGGGGACUGCUGUCAUCCCUCAUCAUAGCGGCCUAUUGGCGCAUGGGGGAGUGGAAAAUGGACAGAUACUUCACAUUGCUGUUUGGAGUGGGACUGACGAUAAUGGGACUAUUUCUCUCUUUCCUCCGCGCCCCCUCCUUCCUUUGA